UUCAAGUCAGGUUGUGGUGACGUGAAGUCUCUGUUGUCGUGUUGGCAGCGGCAGCCUAGCAGUAGCAGCCAGCAGGCAGCUAACUUUGGCAUAGAGGAAAAUACAGUUAUUUCUUCAGAGGUUUAGCCUAGUAUCAUUGAACUUAAUUAAAUCGCACAAUGUUGAAGGCAGUUAUACUCCUCGGUGGACCUCAAAAAGGCACUCGCUUCCGCCCAUUGUCCCUAGACAUUCCCAAGCCGCUAUUCCCAGUGGCUGGACUCCCUACAGUCCAGCAUCAUAUUGAGGCAUUGGCUGCUGUGCCUGGUCUUAGAGAAAUUCUCCUCAUUGGUUUCUUUCCAGCCAACCAAAUGGCUCAGUUUACUGCAGAAAUGGCAAGCACAUACAAAAUUCGAACAAGAUAUUUGCAAGAGUAUACAGCCUUGGGGACAGCUGGUGGCAUUUACCAUUUCCGGGAUCAAAUUCGGGCCGGAGGCGCCGAUGCAUUUUUCCUGAUCAAUGGCGAUGUCUGUGGUGACUUUCCGCUUGAAGAAAUGCUCAAAUUCCAUGAGUCUAGGGCUGGAAAGAAUGCAUUAGUUACCCUCUUGGCUACCGAGGCUACGAGACAGCAGUCCUGCAUGUAUGGGUGCAUUGUGGAGGAUAAGGAGACCCACGAAGUUUUACAUUAUGUGGAGAAGCCAUCAACAUUUGUAUCGACCCUCAUCAACUGCGGUGUUUACAUAUGCUCUCCAGCCAUCUUUCAGCUUCUGCAGAAACUCCAUAACACAAAACAAGAUUGUUAUAAGGAUGACACGGACAUCAGUGACGCCAUACAUCUGGAGGUGGAUGUCUUGAAGCCGCUUGCUGGAACUGGGCAAUCAUUUGUCUACAGUUCUGACAGAUGGUGGUCUCAGAUCAAAACAGCUGGGUCAGCAAUCUAUGCCAACCGUCACUACCUGCAACUGUACCGCCGCAACAAGCGCAUGGACAGACUUGCCAACUCUUCCGUCUCACCUACCAUCAUUGGAGACGUCUUCGUCCAUCCAUCUGCCAGCAUUCACCCAACCGCUGUGCUGGGACCAAAUGUGAGCAUCGGCAAGAAUGUGAGUGUAGGUGCCGGUGUCCGUAUCAAAGAAAGUAUCAUCCUGGGCAACGCCACUGUGCAGGAGCACAGUUGCAUCCUGUAUUCAAUCGUGGGUUGGAACUCUACAGUAGGGAGUUGGUCACGCGUUGAAGGCACUCCAUGCGACCCCAACCCCAACAAACCCUUCGCCAAGAUGGACAAUGUUCCGCUCUUCAACGUGGAGGGCAGACUCAACCCUUCCAUUACGAUUCUUGGCUGCAAUGUUUCUGUAGCGUCCGAGCUGUUGGUCUUGAAUUCCAUCGUACUGCCCCACAAGGAUCUACCGCACAGCUACAAAAACGAAAUCAUUUUGUGAGAAGAGGCUUUGGUUCUGCCGGCAAGUGCUGACUGCUCUUGCAGCCAGUCGCACGAGAUGACGAUGCCCAGUUCUUGGAUGUAUUAGACGGCAUUGUUUUCUAGAGGCUGCAUUUUAUUGUGAUGAAGGCGUGAGAUAUGAAGAUUACUGGUAGAAACUGCUCAACCUGAGCACAGAUGUUGAAUAUAAAGACACGGGAGAACAUAAAUAUUCCUCCUGCUGCUA